CCGCGAGCGCGUAUUUCCGGCGCGCCGCUUCGCGGCUCUGCGCUGUGCGCCCCUCUGGGAGUCCCGGUGUUUCCUCGGACGGGCGCGAUGGGCAAGAAGGGCAAAAAGGAGAAGGGCCGCGGGGCGGAGAAGACGGCCGCCAAGAUGGAGAGAAAGGUGUCCAAGCGCUCGCGGAAGGAGGAGGAAGAUCUUGAAGCUCUGAUAGCCCAUUUCCAGACGCUGGAUGCCACCAGGACUCAGAUCGUGGAAACACCAUGCCCCCCACCUUCACCAAGGUUACAUGCCUCACUCUCUGCUCAUCCUGAGAAAGAUGAGUUAAUCCUUUUCGGAGGUGAAUAUUUCAAUGGCCAAAAAACAUUUGUAUAUAAUGAACUGUACGUUUACAAUAUCAAGAAGGACACCUGGACCAAAGUAGAGAUCCCCAACCCACCUCCAAGGCGCUGUGCUCAUCAGGCUGUGGUGGUGCCUCAAGGUGGAGGACAGCUGUGGGUCUUUGGAGGAGAGUUUGCUUCUCCUGAUGGAGAGCAAUUCUACCAUUACAAGGAUCUCUGGGUGCUGCAUUUGGCCACCAAGACCUGGGAGCAAGUAAGAUCAACAGGAGGCCCUUCAGGUCGGAGUGGACAUCGGAUGGUAGCCUGGAAGAAACAGUUAAUCCUUUUUGGUGGCUUCCAUGAGAGUACAAGAGACUACAUCUACUACAAUGAUGUGUACGCCUUCAACCUGGACACGUUCUCCUGGAGUAGACUAUCCCCGUCAGGGGCUGGGCCCACACCCAGAUCAGGCUGCCAGAUGUCUGUCACUCCCCAGGGUGGCAUUGUCAUCUAUGGGGGCUACUCGAAGCAGAGAGUCAAAAAAGAUGUGGACAGAGGCACCCAGCAUUCAGAUAUGUACCUGCUGCAGCCCGAGGAUGGAAAAGAAGGCAGCUGGAGGUGGACUCGGAUUAAUCCUGCAGGAGCCAAGCCCACUCCGAGGUCUGGCUUUUCGGUGGCUGUGACCCCGAACCAUCAGACGCUGCUCUUCGGGGGAGUCUGUGAUGAGGAAGAGGAAGAGAGCCUGGAGGGGGACUUCCUUAACGACCUGCACUUCUACGAUGCCACCAGGAACCGCUGGUUUACGGGGCAGCUCAAGGGACCUAAGUCCGAGAAGAGGAAACGUAGGAGAGGCAAAAAAGCAGAGCCCGAGGGUCCUGACAGGCAGGAACAUGGGGGAACCAGUGCCCAAGAGCCCCUGGAGGUGGUCAGAGAGGUGGUCACAGAAGACGGGACCGUGAUCACCAUUAAACAGAUGUUUGCCACCCCGGGGCCAGCUGGAAAACCUCAGUCCAACGAGGAGGACAGCCCUGAUGAAGUGGGUGGCCCUGUGGUGGAGCCAAGCCCCCGCUCAAACGCCAUGCUGGCCGUGAAGCACGGGCGGCUCUACCUUUACGGGGGCAUGUUUGAAGCAGGUGACCGCCAGAUCACCCUCAGUGACCUGUACUGCCUGGAUCUCCAAAAGAUGCAGGAGUGGACGGCCUUGGUGGAGAUGGAUCCAGGAACUCAAGAGUGGCUGGAGGAGUCAGACUCGGAAGAGGACAGCAAUGAGGGCGAGGGCACCGAGGACGAGGACAGUGGCGAGAGCGACAAGGAGGCUGGGGGUGAGUGUGGUGCGUGUGCCCACCAGGGGCAGCAGGAGACCCACGGCCCAGCCGCUCCAGAGCCUAGGGCUCUGCACCAAACCUCGACUUCGGGGGUCACUUCGCUCCCGAAGCCCUAACUUUGAUAACGAGAGACUCAAACGCUUUACUGAAGUUUUAUUAAAAUUUGGCUUUGCUUUGUAGAUGUGCUCUCACGGCAAGCUUAAGUUUUUGAAAGAACAUUUGUAUGUGGAGUGCGUUUGAGCAGCGCCGUCUUGGUUUCUUUGAUGGAAUGAAGAUUUCCUCACCAUGUGAUUUCUCUAGAUUUGGUGUUCUCGUGCUCACCCGGCCAGGCUGUGAGCGGGGGGUGGCCUCUGGAGCUGCCUGACCCAGGCUUUGCUCCCACCCCCUCCUUCCCUGAGGAGGAGCCCCCUCGCCAUUGCCUGCCAAGCGGCUUGCAGCCUGCCUGCCCGGGCUGAAUCGUAUCGGGUGGAGCUCGCCCUGGAUGACACUGGGCCCCACAUGGAGAAGAGAGCAGCCCACGUCGUGGCCAGCACUUCAUGUGAUGACUCAGCCUAAGGCCCCGCCUACUGGGCUGGAAGUAAACCCGAGUGAGGUGCAGUUGCCUUCCCUUAGCAUCACUGGGUGUGAUUUAAAUAAUUCAGCCUCAGGAUGAAGCUGCAGCACAGCUGAUCUUCUGUGCGGCCCAGUGGUGCCUGUGGGAUGUCCCCCCUACCACGCUGAGUGGUGCCGUGAGGGUGAGGCGGCAUGUGGUAUGCUUUGUGUGCGGUUUCCCUUCUGCCAGAUGAGGCGCACAUUCUGAUUGACAGUACAUUGUCAGCCGGGAGAUCUCAGCCUUGAUUUCUGGAAGUUCUUGGUGGCAGCCCCCUGACCACCUUUACAUGCUGUGUAUCUCUGCAGAUCUUUGAAAUAAAAUUCCUGUUGGCUGGGUG